ACCUUCCAUAUACACAGUGUGCGCCGCCUCUUUCCCUCACAUACCUGGGAAGGGAGGGGGUAUACACCUGGGGAGAGAUAGCACUCACUGUCACUGAGCUCGGCAGGGACACACCAUGGAGUCAGGGCCAAGGAAAGGUUUCUAUAGACAGGACAUUAACAAGACUAAAUGGGACGUUCCUGUGAGAUACAGAGACCUGGCCGCUGUGGGCUCCGGGGCCUAUGGAACUGUUUGCUCUGCUCAAGACCGACUAACAGGGGAGCGGGUGGCCAUAAAGAAGCUUCUUCGUCCGUUCCAGUCAUUGGUUCAUGCCAAGAGAGCCUAUCGAGAGCUUCGCCUUCUAAAGCACAUGAAGCAUGAGAAUGUCAUUUCUCUCCUUAACGUCUUCACUCCAGACGAGUCGAUGGAAACCUUUCAGACAUUUUACCUGGUUAUGCCCUUUAUUGCUGUUGACUUAAGCCGGGUCAUGAGAAUGCAAAGACUCAAUCACAGCACCAUAGUGUAUCUUCUCUACCAGAUCCUGCGGGGCCUGCAGUAUAUCCACGCGGCUGGAAUUGUGCACAGGGAUCUUAAACCAAGUAACUUGGGAGUAAAUGAAGACUACGAGCUAAAGAUUUUAGAUUUUGGACUCGCACGGCCAACUGAAUUUGAAAUGACAGGAUAUGUGGUGACUCGCUGGUACCGGGCUCCAGAGGUGAUCCUAAACUGGAUGCAUUACAACCACACAGUUGAUAUUUGGUCAGUUGGAUGUAUCCUGGCAGAAAUGAUCACUGGCAAAGUCCUGUUCCCUGGUGGAGAUUAUUUUGACGAGCUGAACAAGAUCAUUGAGGUAACGGGAAGUCCACAGCCAUCACUGAUCAACAAGAUGGAAAGCUCACAUGCACAAGACUAUGUGAAAAUGCUCCCAAAGAAACAGAAAAAGAACUUUAAGGAGCUCUUUCCGACUAUGAGUGCAGUAGAGACGGACCUUUUGGAGAAGAUGCUGGAUCUAGACCCUGGAACUCGAGUAAAUGCCACAGAAGCCCUAGCACACCCGUAUCUAGAGGAAUACAAUGAUUCUGAUCCUGACCCAACUGCAGAUAAAUACGACGACUCCUUCGAAAGCCUAGAUCUGAAUGUCCAUGAGUGGAAAAGUUUGAGCCACAUGGAAAUAAUGACAUUUGAGCCAAUGAAGCCGAGCCAAGCCAGUACUUAGCUACACGGGGCUUAUUCUCCAUAAUAACUUGGGAACUACCUUCUCCGCUUUUUGGCAUUGAUUGAGAAACAACAAACUGCAUAAUUCAUAGGAAAGCAGAAAUAUAGUGUGCUGACCCAAAAGAACUCAUUGAGAUGAGCAAUCACUGCCAAUAUAACUCCAUUUAUUAUUUUUUUUAAUACCAAAGUGCCUUUUACUUCCUGCUGAUAAUGGUUUUGUAUCAUGACCUGAAACAAAGGACGAUGUGAGAAUGAGCCACAAGCUUCACUGGGGGCCCCUGAGGAAAGAAAUGACACUGGGUAAAAUGACAAAUAAAAAUCUAUAUUUACAUUGUGUAAGGUGUGGCUGCUCUGGGAGCCUUCCAUCCGCAGCUAUAGGCUAACCAUGUGCCCAAGUGGCAUGUAGCCAAGUGGGGACAGACUUCAUCGGCAGAAGUGUUUCAUUCUGUGGAAAGAAGGAUAUCUGAUCAAUGCAGUGUACGACAGUCCAUUGGAAAUGUGCAUCAUUAAUGUUAACCAUUAAGAACAUUAGAAAAAAAUAAAUGCCUAUAAAAUGUAUAAUAAACCUUUACAUGAACCUGAACCUAUAUUUAAUCAUCCGACUGGAAACCCCCAGUGUUUAAGUAAAGAAAAGCUUGCUUCAA